AUGGCGCUCUCGCGGCGGAAGAGCUGCUGCCUGGCGCUGCUGGCGGCGGCGCUGGCGGCGGCGGCGGCGGCGGUGCUGGCGGCGGCGCUGAGCUCGGCCAGGUGCGCCCCGCCCAGGGCUCGGCGCGCGGCGGUGGCGGCGGACACGCGGACCUGCUCGGAGGUUGGCAGGGAUAUCUUACAACGUGGCGGCUCAGCAGUAGACGCUGCCAUUGCAGCCUUGAUCUGCACCUCUGUCCUGAACCCCCAGAGCAUGGGCCUGGGGGGAGGUGUCAUCUUUACCAUCUAUAAUGCAUCCACAGGGCAUGUUGAAGUGCUUAAUGCUCGUGAAAAGGCCCCCAAAUAUAUCGCUGGAGAUUUGUUGAGUUCCUGUAAAGACACGCUUCUACCUGGGGCUGCCUGGAUUGCUGUUCCUGGGGAGCUUCGUGGCUAUGAGGAAGCCCACCGACGCCACGGCAAGUUGCCAUGGAAGUCCCUCUUUGAGCCCACCAUGGAGCUCCUUGCCCCUGGAAUCCGGGUACCUGAAGUCCUGAGCAAGUUCCUAGGCUACCUGCAGUUACACGUGAAAAAGACAUCCUUGUGCAAACUGUUUUGCAAUGACCAAGGAACUGUCCUGAAAGCUGGACAAACCCUUCACUGGCCAGCCCUGGUAGAAACCCUGAGAGCUGUGGCAGAAAACGGAGCCAGCGAAUUCUACACUGGGAAGACAGCAGAGCGGUUGGUGCAUGAUGUGAAGAAAGAAGGAAGCACCUUGACGCUGGAUGACCUCCGAAACUACCGGAUUGAAAUUAUGAGUCCCGUGAAGAUGCCACUGGCCCAGUACACCCUGUACUCUGCCCCACGGCCAGCAGCGGGGCCCAUCCUCUUCUUUAUUCUCAAUGUCCUCAAAGGGUUCAACUUCACCAAAGAUUCCAUGAACAACCCUAGCAGAACAGCUGAGGCUUACCACUAUAUUGCAGAAGCCCUGAAGUUUGCUAAUGGCCAGAGAGCAAAAGUGGAUGACCCGAAUUUUUCUGAAAUUAAAGAGGAUGUGAUGACUGAGCUGAUGUCGGAUACCUUUGCUGCCCAAGUCAGGCAGUUCAUCGAUGACCGAGGGGACCAUCCAGCGAAAUAUUACAACCUCACCCAGCCAGGGAUGGGGCAUUUUGGCACCUCUCAUGUUUCUGUCCUGGCUGAGGACGGGAGCGCUGUGUCGGCCACAAGCACCAUCAACCACCCGUUUGGCUCCAUGGUGUAUUCGCAGCAAACUGGAAUCCUCUUAAACAAUGAACUAGCUGAUUUUUGUAUGAAACAGUCAAGCAGAUCGAUCACUGAAGGAGAGAUGCCGCCCUCUUCGAUGGUGCCAUCCAUUCUCAUUUCCCAUGAUGGGCAGUCCAAGCUGGUGAUUGGAGGCUCAGGCGGGACCCAAAUUAUCCCUGCUGUAGCCCUGGCAAUCGCCAACAUGCUGUGGUUUGGGUAUGAUCUGGAUGGUGCUAUCAAGGCUCCGGUUCUCUUUGCCACCAGGAACAGCUCCAUUGAAGUUGAGCCAGGCUUCCGUCAGGACAUUUUGGAGGCGUUACGGGAAAAGGGACACACGAUCCACACUGCAAACUUCAGCCUGAAUGUUGUGCAAGGCAUCUCCAAGGACAGCCACUGCAUCUUCCCCUACUCUGACGCAAGGAAGCAAGGCGAGGCCUCCGGCUAUUAGCCCCAGGCCACCAGUCGGUCGGUCAUAUGAGUCUAGCCAUGGGGGAUCAGCCAGCCUGCUGCCCUCCGCUGCAACUGCCCAUGGAGAGGAGUCUGCCGCUGCUGCCCGUGCAGCUUUGUGACGCUGCAAGCCACUUCUGGAUUCUGCCACCACCACCUCCCAACGCCGCCCAACGAAAUAAUCAUGGCUGGAUCCCUUCCUCCUCCGCCAUGUGCUGGAGCUGGUCUUGAGAUAGAGAUAUAUGAGAUACCAAGAGCAGCUCUGAGCUGCCAAGGUGCCUGUGUGCUAGCCAGCCUUCUGCUACUCUCUGUCAGAAUCUGAGAGUGAGAGGGAGCAGAGCUGAAUUCUUUUUCUUGCAAGCUUCAGGCCAGAGCAUCUAUCAAGGCUGUGUGUUGAGAUAAUGGGCACGUGGCUUCUGCUGCAACAUUCAGGAGAAAGAUUAGAUUGUGAGCCUGUGGGGGGAUUUUGCUCAUGGAGGACUAGAACGUCCAAUGAGAAAGCUAACCCUGAGCCAGGGCAUGCCACACUGUGAAGGGGUGGGUGGGGGUGGGGGGUCUUCGGGGCUGAGUGUGUGUCUUGAUAAGGGCCCCAAAGGCGCUUUUGUUCCAUGGAGGAGGCAGCAGCUGAGGCCCUGGCCAGUGAGACCUUCGUUUCCCUGGAGAAUGUGAUAGCUCUUUCCCCCACCCCACCCCCACCCCACCCCCAGAGGAGCAGUCUGUCUGCAGCUUUUGUGGUGAAAGACCACUUCCAGACCACAGAUCUCUUCUUAUCAGUUCAUGGGUAGAAAGGCCAACGGCCCUUUGCAGCGAGCUCAAAAGAGCAGAGUGAUGUGGGUGGGGUGGGGUGGCUGGGGUGGCCGACCGCAGGAGUCGAGGUGGGAGCCCUUCAGGGCCAGAGCUGUCGUUGCCUGUGCUGGACACACCCAAGACAUUGUUUGCUGGCCAAAGGUUUUCCACGUUUUUGAAAGCACAACAGAAACCUGAAGGGUGAGCCUGGGUGCGCCGUGGGCGGAGCGGUCUCCCCUCCUGCUGCCUCCGAUGCACCGAUGAAGACCAGAGUGGCCGCCUCUGCCUCUUGGGGCCCAGUCCUUGAGCACAGGGCUGUGUUGUCGAGCCAAGGCUUCCCUUCCUAGCAGGUGGAUGCUUGACUUUGAGUCAGAACUUCUGGGCUGUGAUUGUGCUGCUUGUCUUUGCAAAGCGGAGGCCUUGAAUAAGUGGAGAAAAGGCUGCACUCCCCUUUGCACCCAGGCAAGCUAUGCGGUGGCCAGUCCAUCCGCCCCGCCUGGGGCCCCUCCUGCCCUUCACACUUACCUUCGUGCUGCUGGGCCUGCAUUGGGCUUGCCCACCCUCCAUGCUUUCCCAGCGAGGGCUGUUUGCGUUGCCCUGGCCCUGCUGCAUUGGGGGACUCUUCCCUGUAUUCCUGUGUGCCUUGACAGUAAUGUGAUGUUUUUGAGUAGAGAUGCCGGCAGGUGAGGGUGAGCACAGCUUUGCAGAGGCUGUGAAGCCCUCCAGUGUCACAGCUGUGCAGGGUAGCUCUUGAGCAAACAUCGGAUCAGCUGUGUGCACUUGGGGGGGGGGGGGAAUCCUGUUGAUGCCAAAGAAUGAGCUGCACUGUGCCAAAGGGUCAUGCACACAUUAUAAACUUCCUUUGUAUAUGCAAAUUUGUUCUGCAGAUUUUAAAUAUAUAUUUUAAAUAAAUUGAUUGUAUGUAUCUUUCAAA